UUUCAGCGAGUCUGUCGUCUUUGCUCCGGCUCGGAAGAAUUCACAGUCUGCACUGAGUUACCUUGAUUUCGUUUCUAAACAGAGGAAAUGGAGGCUCAAGCUUCACUCAACAACCCUAUGCUAAAAAAUGGGCCGCAGCAAAACCACAGGAGGAAUAACAGGAGAAAGCAGCCGCAGCAUUCUGCUGAGAUAGUAUUUACCAAAGGCUCCAUUAUUCAGACUAUGCCCAGUCUCAGCAAACUGUUGAAGGGGGUCCCAGAGUGCAUCGUUGGUCUUCAAUAUGUCUGGGAGUACAGAAGCCCAAGCAAAUCUGUCCCACCCCACUACCAGUGCAAACUCUGUGCUGUCUCCCGCUUGCAGCAUGAUAUGGUUGCCCACGUGAAAGGCUGGAAACACAGCUUCAGAUACUUGAAAAAGGUUCACCCUGAAAAGCUCACCUGUGAGGAAGAGGAGGCCGUCAAAGACCCCACUGUUAGGAAGACAAUUAAAGAAGCUGCAGCAGAGGUAGAGCGUGUAGAAGGCAGGGGACAACUCAAGGUAAUUCUGAAAGAGCCCUGUGAAGUCAUUGCUUUCAAAGGACUUCGUUCUGCGACCCCUAAAGCUGUGCCUCCUCCAGCACCAGGAAUGGGACUUAAGGGACCUCCACCCUUUGGUCCCCGAUUCUCUGACCAGCGGUUUCCUCCUCAGGGGGGUUUUCUCCCUGAAUAUCCAGUGGGAGACUAUGGGGAGCCUGGCUUUGGAGGGUACUCGACCGGGAAAGAUUUCCUUGACUCUGGUAUGGAUCGAGGACCUUUCUCAGAUGGCAUGGGUCUACACCCAGCUGGGGAUGGUUUUGGACCAGGUGGAGAUAGUUAUAGAAGGGGUGGACUAUUGGAGAGCCCAGGAAGACUGUAUCCUGAUGAGUACCGGGGCAGCCAAGGGGGGGGGGGCUUAAUGGACAGACCAGUUGACAAACCAGUGGAGAGGACUGGCCUGCUGGGAGCAGCUCCAGAUAGUAGCAACCUCUCCAAUAAACUACUCACUUACCUGGAUUCUUUCCGGAUAGAGAAUGAGAAUGAUGCACAGCUGGUGCUGAAGGUGACACAGAAACUAACAGACGUGCUGAUGGAGUACAGACUGAGAAGUGUAUCGUCGGGCUCCAGUCUGAACAGCUUUUCAAUGAGCUCGACAAGUUUUUCUUCUACACCCUCAAGACUGCCAAGCAGCGACAGAUACUCCAGUAGUCUCUCAGGUCCAAACAGGUUCUCCGAUGGUCCAUCCAGGUUUUACAAAUGACUCCAAGAUGCAACACCUUCGUCUUCUUAUCCAUCUGUCCGAAGUGCGCCGCAGACAACACUGUCCAUGAGAUGAAAAUUUGUGUACCUUUACUUGACUAAGGUUCUCUAUCGCUAAGUAGUUUUUUUUUUUGUUUUUUUUUUUUUAUGUUUUUGACCUCUUAAGAGGUUCUCAUUUUGGCAAGUUUUAUGAAAAUGCUUUUUGCUUGUUUUCUGCAUCUUUAACUGAUCAUAAGCAGUAGCUUACUGCAAGUGUAUACUUUUAUUAAAAGUAUUU